UGUUAUUUGAUGUUGUUUCUGAAGGUCGUUCAUGGACUGAGAUACAACUGCUUUUUGAUAUUUGUACAUGUUUUCACACUACUAACUCAGUUAUAUCUCUGAAACUUUGAAAAUCACUACCAUUUACACUUUAAGGGAAGGUUAAAAAGGAUAAACUUUUAAUAGCACAUUGUCAGGUGGUAAAAAAGUUUGAAGGAUCCGAUAUAUAUUUUUGUAAGGCAAUAUUCAUGAAGUUUCCAAUGAUUCACUUUGCCUCAGUAUAGUUUUCAAUGUAAUCAGGAAAAACUCACUUCUUAGAAGAACGACAAUUCUGUUCUAUCGAUUUCACAAAAAUAGUUUAUUUCUCUAGUAUUUCUAAUCCCUAACGGAUGAGACUUAUGAAAAUACACACAUAUGUAGACAAUAUGUAUAUAUUCUGUAAACUCCUGACAUAUAAACUAAAGUGUCCACAUUCUUGGUUCAUUACAAACUAAUAUUACGCUACGGAUAAGUAAUUCAGAAAAAACUGAUUAGCUCUUACCAUUCAGCGACAUCUACUUGUCUUCAAACCUACAAUCUGAUGUAGCAGUCUUGGUGUGAUACGGAUGAAUGACCAUUCACAGCUAGAAAAUAGCUUGAAAGUCUUCUUACAACAGCUGAGGACGUUCAGUGUGUCUUUGCCAAAUGACAGUAGUUACGCUGAGCUGAGAGACUCUGUCAACUAUACUAUUCUACAAUCCAAAAAAUGUUUGAAAUUCAAUAGUAGCAGUUUUUUAAAGUACAGACGAGACACUCCCACACCCUGUUCAGAUAUAGAUAUUCCAUCUCUUCCAAAAGACGUCUGUGCCUUAUCACUACCUGAAAACCAUUUCAUUGUUGGUCUUUUAUCGGAUGAACAUAGUUGUAAAACUAUUCACGAACUUGAAGUUGAAGAAAUCGAUGAAGUUAUACUUAAAUUAAAACAGAAUGAAUUGAGCAAGAAUUUUGUACGAAGCGGAAAGAAAACAAGUUUACAUUAUGCAGCUUAUUGGGCUUCACAAACAUGUGUUCAAACUUUAGUACUCCAAGGUUCUGAUCUUACUGCUCGUGAUGAAUAUGGCCUGACACCAAUUAUUUGGGCUAGUGAAUCAGACCAGUUAACAAAUUUGGUAGUUUUGUUAAAUGCAGCUAAGUUACAGAAUAUUCCAGAAGGCCAAUGGAUAUAUGACAGUAGUGGCUACCAUCUUAUACAUCAUGCUUUGCAUAAAGAUGAUCGUUUUAAAUGUUUAGAGUACUUACUGAACAAUGAAUAUGGACUAAGUGUAGACAGAGAAGGUCAAAGUGUACUUCAUCAUGCUGCAAUGAAAGGCUUUCUGAAUGCAUGCAAAAUUAUCCUUCAGUCGAAAUCGAACACUGUUUUAUUAAAUCAAACCGAUAGAGAAAGUCGUACGCCUUUGCAUUUGGCUACUAUGAAUGGACACGGAAAUAUUGUCAACUUAUUAUUGAGUCAAAAAGCAAAUCCACAUUUAUGUGAUAAAGAAAAUUAUACAUCUUAUCAGUAUGCAAAUAGUAAACAUUUACACUUUUGUUUACUAAUAUAUGAACGCUAUAAUAUUAAAGAGAAGCAAACAAGAAAACCAGAAAUGAAUGAAAGUCAACUAAAUGAACUCAUGACAUUUCGACCAGUAAAUCCACAGUUUUGUCACUAUCAGGAUUUCAAUCUAAAUACAUAUCGUGAUAGUGAUAGUCAAACCAAAAGUCCAUCACCACGAAUAUUUAAUAACUGUUUAGUUAAGCAACAAAAUAAUGAGACAAAAAUGGAUGAAAAUAUUAAACAAAAGUUGAAGUUAUCUUCAUUGUUGAAAAAUUCAAAAAGAAAACAAAAAGUACUUCGUUCGUUGAAUGAUAAUACAUUGGAUAAAGAUAGUGAUACUACUAAUAAUAAUGACAGUAGCAAUCUCAGUGUUGGCGAAAGUUUUCGACUUACUGUGAAACAGUCCUCUUCCUCAUCGAGAUUUGCUCAAAAAAGUCAGCCUAUUGAGAUUAUCACUGUAAAUAAAACAGAAAGACAAUACUCGAAGCCAAGAAGUAAUUUACAGAUUAAACCAGAGCUUUUACCUACGGACAAAAGAGUUCAUCGACUUCGUAAUCCAGUCGUACUGAAUAAACAAAUCUGUCAACCAACUGACACAUUUAAGAAUUCAUCAGUGAAACUAGGAAAUUCUACUCUAUUAUCACCAUCUAGACAUUUUGAUAUACAUCACAAACAAAAUAAAAUUGGUGAUGAAACCUUGAGAAAUGGACAACAAUAUGUUAUUUCUAAUGGUGACUUCAAUAGUAGCUAUCGAAAAAGCCAGCAGAAAAGGCCAUAUCUGUACUCUAAAACAGAGCCUAUGAAAGACAUUGUUUCUAAAUCAAGAACCAGUGAUAACUCCUCUAUUUCUGAUAUAAAUUCAAUUCCUGAAACUGACAGACCUCUUAUGCCAACUCCAUGUAAAAUACCUUCAUCACAUGGACCAAUUAUAAAUAACUCAACUUUUGAACGUCAUUCAAGACUUCUUAAACGUCGUCAAGUAAACAGUUUACCACAACAGAUUUCCUUAAGUAAUAGCAGUAUAAAUUCUAGUAGUGAAUCUGCUAACAGUUCAUCAGAAAACCAUGAUGAAAUGAUACCAUUAAAUUUGAACAAAUCUAUAAAACAAAGUACACGUUUCCCUUGCCCAAACAAAAGUUCAACGUGUAAUCUACUGUCUCCAUCUCUUAGUCAAAUUCCCUAUCAAGAUGUUAAAUUCAAUGAAAAUAAUUACCUGUUGAAAAAGUGAUUUUUUAUAAACAAGCAUUCUUAGUUGAUUUUAUACUGUGUAAAAAUUCCGAAGCAUGAUUUAAUGGUUUGUUAACUCAUGGUGAACUCAAACACAUGAUUACUAUUUAAAAAUGUAAUAGGUUUAUGUUAUGAACACAGUCAUUUAAGAAAAAUAUAUGUUUUCAACAUUCAAUUUUCCUAUCCGGAUUAUUUAGGUAAGUGUAGCAUUCAUCAUAAUUUUUAUAGAAUCUUUUACCAUCCUCAACGCUCACCUAACUACAGAAAUCAAGAUACCUCAGUUGAAGUUAUUUAAACACACAGAUUAUAAUUAAUUAUCAUUAGAAAGAUUUUGAAAAACUAUUGUCUAAUUACAAAUGGUUGAAAUUAUCUAAUACUUGUAAAUUUUGUAGUCUCAUAAACACCUACAUAAAAAUGAAACUAACUAUACUUUUUUAAAAAAAAAAAACCUUCUAUUGUAUAAUGAUUGUGUGGUGUGAUUCUUCAAAAUUCCUCACUAAUAUCAUUAAUGUGCACAAAAUAACUAUGUUCAAUGUUCAACGUUGGAUAUUUCACUUUCCUUUUUCUUAUCAUUUAAUUAUGGUUAUGUGUAGAGAGCUUAUCAUAUUCUUUUGAUAAACUCCUAGGAAAUUGUAAACAUUGUUAUACAACUAAUUAUAUAAUGUUCUCCUUUAAUUUCCGAUGUAAUUUUAUUAUCAUGGAAUCCAAACAUUUUACAUACAAAAUACAAUGGUUUCAGUAGAUUG